CACGAUACUAUCUCCACAAACAAAUGAACUAGACCCUCUGAACCAACCUCAAAGAAGAUCAAGAUGAAAAUGAAGAUGAAGAUGAAGCUAUCCCCAACCCUCCUCACCAUCACCAUCCUAGCAGCAGCAACCCUACCCAUCGCCCCCACCUGGGCCACUCUCAUACCAUCCCCAUCCCCAUCCCCAUCCCCAUCCCCAUCCUCAUCCUCAUCAACCACAAUUCAAACCUGCAACGGCCACCCCACCUACUGCACGCGCCAAUACUCCAACAUAACGCAAGUAGGCUCGCACGACAGCCCAUUCGUCGGCCCCCUACCCCAACAAAACCAAAACAUCAACAUCACGCGGCAACUCGAUCUCGGGAUCCGAUUCCUGCAAGGCCAAACCCACAAGUCGCUCGACGGCGAUACCAUCCUGCUCUGCCACACGUCGUGUCUUCUCGAAGACGCCGGUCCUCUGCAGUCAUACCUAAUGACGCUGAAGACGUGGCUCGACCACCACCCCAACGAGGUGGUAACGCUCCUCCUCACCAACGGCGAUAACCUCCCCGUAUCGUCGUUCGGGGACGUCUUCGCGAGCGCCGGGCUACAGGAAUAUGCGUUCGUGCCGAGUUCGUCGCCGAAGACCCUGGCGAUUGAUCAGUGGCCGACCUUGCGUGAGUUGAUUGGGAAUGGGACGCGGUUGGUGGUGUUUUUGGAUUACGGUGCGAAUGUCUCGAGUGUGCCGUACAUUCUGGAUGAAUUCGCCUACUUCUUCGAGACGCAGUACGACGUGACGGAUGCUUCGUUCUCCAAUUGCAGUAUCGACCGGCCGGCUGGUGCCUCUGCCUCUGGCCGUAUGUACAUCGUCAACCACUUUUUGGAUGUCGAUCUGCUCGGCGUUCUGAUUCCCGACCGCCUGCACGCUGCUGAGACCAAUGCGGUUUCGGGGGAAAGCGGUAUUGGGACACAGGCUGGCCGGUGCCAUUCCAUCUAUGGCCGGCCGCCUAAUUUCAUUCUCCUGGAUUUUGUCGACAAGGGCCAGCCGAUCGAGGCCCAGAGCCAGCUGAAUGGCGUAUAGAUUGCUGUGCUCAGCAUACAUGUACCCUUUGUGUUUCCGUUGUCAUUUGUCUUGUCUAUAUAAUCCGUAUACCCUGAGAAUAUUAUAUGAUUUUUUAUCAAGGAC